AUGAAGGUACGCGCGCCACCAGAGACCUGCGGUUUUAUUAUUAGCCAUAAUUACGUUUCGCGACCGCUUGUAGAAUUCUACCAAAUGCUAAUGAUUCGGAAGUUGGUAGUACUAGCGAUGGUCUUAGUAGGAGUCCGCAACGAACCGCAGGGCCAGGCCUACCUUCCGCCCAGCCCUCGGCCAAGCGGGGGAGGAGGGACUGGACAUCCGGAUGAUUGGGCCGGUGAUAUAGCGAACUACGAAUUCUCGUACGAAGUCCAAGACGCGACGGCAGGCCUGGACUUUGGCCAUCGCGAGAUGAGGAAGGACACGGAAACUACCGGGACCUAUCACGUGUUGCUGCCGGACGGUAGGAUGCAAAUCGUCGACUACGUGGCCGACCAAGCCGGGUACCGGCCGAUGGUGCGAUACGAGGGGACCGCGACUUACCCCGCGCCAAGCGGACCCAGUGGACCAGGUCCAGCUGGACCCGCUCAAGACGAGGGUUACCGAUAUUAGGCGUUGAGACCGUCUUUUGCGGUCCGAAUGCUGUCGAAUGCUGGAAGGAAUAGUAGAAGUGGGCGUUCGAUUUCUCUCCGCUCUGUAUGUGAAAUAUGUAUAAUUAUUAUAAUAAUUAUUAUUAUUACUUUUGAAUCACAGGUUUUAUCGUAUAACAUGCGAGAUUUAAAUGUAUUAUAUUAUAAUGAUAAUAAUGCUAAAGUAAUGUUAAAAGAGGUGGCGUAACGAAUAAACGGAAUUGUGACACGAACAAGAAUCGCUUUCAGAUGUACAAAAGAUAUAUAAUAAGAGGUUUGCACAUCGAUAGUUCGAUGGAAACUCAAAUUUUUAGGUUGCUUAUUAACUCAAGCAUGAAAUUAUCGACAUCGAUUUUUAAAAACAUUUGUACUUGAAAUCUCGUUUCCUCAUCUUCAAAGCGCUUCGGCGACUCGAAAGAUUUCGCGCUGCGAAGACGCGAAAGGUAUUCCCCU